AUGAUCCUGGGUCCUAUAUCCUACCUGGACUGCAUCGUCUUCUGCGUCUUCCUUGCGCCGCAGCUGCUCAUACACGUCGGACUGUUCGAGACCGUAGGGGUUGCGUUGCAGUGUCUCCCUUUCCUUCUGCUCAAACUCCCCUACGAGUUCAUUCGCGAGCGCUUCUUCGCGGACCCCUCAAAGCAGAGCCCCUUUGUGCAGGUAGCGAGCCCUUUCGAGGAUUUCGUGAUCCGCUGCGUGCGGUAUGCGUUUGCAAACGUGCCGCCCAAGGUCGGCAGGGUGUUCUUCUCGAAGCCGGUGGCGUUGCCGUUUCUAAGGUUUCGGAUGCUAAGGCAUGGUUUUCUGCGGAAGCCGGUACAUUGGCGCGAGCACGUUGAUAAACGAUUCAAGGGCAUCUGGGUUACAAAGGAUCCUACCAAGAAACCGGAUGUUUGUAUCUACUAUGCGCAUGGUGGUGGGUUCAGCAUGGGAUCUUCAUACUUCUAUCUAGAAUUCCUACUGGCCUGGCUGACGUUGCUGGGCGAUAGCGGUUUCAGCAACCCGGCGGUCUUUGCUCUGGAAUACACGUUAGUGCCAGAUGACACGUUCCCGAAGCAAAUGCACGAAGCCAUCGCCGGCUAUGACCACGUGGUAUCCAUGGUGGGCGACGCAUCUAAGAUCUGCGUCAGCGGCGACAGUGCGGGCGCAACCGUGCUCUUGAGUUUGCUUCUGCAUAUAGCAGAUCGGGGGUGCGACAGAGAGAAGAUGGACGAGAGCAGUGCUUGGAAGCUUCCCAAACCCGGAAUGGCUGCCUUCAUCUCGCCGUGGGUCACGCUCGUCUCAAACAGGCGCAAGAAUACAGCAAGCGACUACCUCGACGCCGGGAGCCUGCACCAGUAUGCACGAGAAUAUGUGGGUAAGCAAUCGAGGGCAGAUGACCCGUUGAUAUCACCGGGUAACUGCAGGGACCUGUCUUGGUGGAAGAGAGCCUGUCCUGCAGGAGGCAUGUUUUUCGCAUACGGUGCUGAAGAGGUGUUUGCACCAGAGAUUGAGAAUCUUCUGAAAUUCUUGGAGAAGAACAAGAUCCACGUUGCUAGCAGAGAAGAGCCCGGCGGCAUUCAUGCUUGGCCAGUUGCAGCGCUAUUCUUGGCGAGCUCAACUGAAGACAGACAGAGGGGAUUGAGAAGUAUUGUACGAUACGUUAAAGAUAACAUACCGUCGUAG